AUGGCUAGCUCAGCCCUGGGAGCCAUCCUCGCUGUGCUGGCCUCACUCAUCAUCACUGCCAACGUGCUGGUGGCCAUUGCUCUCCUUCGCCUCAUCCAGAAGAGCAGCUCCAAGGGGCUCUAUUUUGUCCUUAACCUCGCUGUUGCAGAUGCCAUGGUUGGCUUCACGGUCGUGGGUCUAGUCACGGAUGAGUUUUCCCAGCCCUUUUAUCCUCCCCAGAUAUUCUGUGUCCUGAGAAUGGCUUUUGUGACCUCUUCUUCUGCUGCCUCUAUCCUAUCCCUGAUUAUGGUUGCGUGCGACAGGCACCUGGCAAUCAGAAAGCCUUUCCACUAUUUCCAGCUGGUGACAAGCCUGCGGGUCGGGGUGCGCUUGGUGGGUCUCUGGCUGGUUGCUGCCAUCAUCGGCUUCCUCCCGGUCCUCACCCCAGGCUUUCAGAAGAUCUCCACCCAUGAGAAGUGCUCCUUCUUCGGAGUCUUCCACCCCACCUACAUGCUCACCGUCUUCUGUGUCGGCUUCUUCCCAGCGCUCUUUCUCUUCAUUUAUCUCUACUGCGACAUGCUGAAAAUUGCUGCUGUGCACGUGCAGCAUAUCCGGGAAGUGGAGCACGCAGGGCUGGCGGGGGGCUGCCCCCCAUCCCGCACCACCAGCGACAUGAAGGCCAUGCGCACCGUCGCUGUGCUCAUCGGGUGCUUCACGCUGUCCUGGUUGCCGUUCUUCAUCGCCAGCAUUGUGCAAACUGUCUGUCCCGAGUGCUUCCCCUACAAGGUCAUUGAGAACUACCUCUGGCUGCUGGGACUGUGCAACUCCCUCCUGAACCCCCUGCUCUACUCCUACUGGCAGAAGGACGUGCGGCUGCAGCUCUCCCAGCUGGCUGCAGGCGUGAAGAGGAGAGUCCUCCUUCACCUGGGCAAUGGCCACCAUUUCCCUGGCAGAGGCACCAAGUCUCUCCCCACUGUGUCCUGCCUGCGGCUCCAGGACUGA